GGCGGGGCUGCACACGUUCACAGUGGGAAUGAGGUAGUGGCGGAGGGGGGGCAGUUGGGCGGGGCUAGGUUGUCCUAUCUAAGGUGGUAAAGGCCAAUGAUUCUCCAGGCCACCUCACCAAGAGGUCGUCUUCUCACUAACCUUUCAAGUUCCUUUCUCUCGAAGCACCUCAACGGACUAGAACUGAGUGCUUCAUUUGUCUUUCUCCUCCUUGCAAAAGUCCCAUUUGCCACCAUAGAGAUGUACCAAGUGAGGCCGAAUAGGGGGAGCGAGUGGUGACUGAUGCACCAGGUUACUGGCUGCUCCUCACCUUGGCGCUUGCAAACUUCUGCCAAGAUUGGAAUUGAGUACUAAACAGUCUCUACACUUCCUCCUGGCUCCGUUCCAGGGCCGGCGCCACAUUCCACUGUAGGCGCGCAAUGGCCGUGCCCCUCCUGCUGCGGACUGGUCUUUUGGUACGUGCAGCCCGAGGUUGCCAUGGAUCGGAUGAAGAAGAUCAAACGGCAGCUGUCAAUGACACUCCGAGGUGGCCGAGGCAUAGACAAGACCAAUGGUGCCCCUGAGCAGAUAGGCCUGGAUGAGAGUGGUGGUGGUGGCGGUAGUGACCCUGGAGAGGCCCCCACACGUGCUGCUCCUGGGGAACCUCGCUCUGGUCGGGGCCCACUGAGUUCUGCACCAGAGAUUGUACACGAGGACUUGAAGAUGGGGUCUGAUGGGGAGAGUGACCAGGCUUCAGCCACGUCCUCGGAUGAGGUGCAGUCUCCAGUGAGGGUGCGCAUGCGCAACCAUCCCCCACGCAAGAUCUCCACUGAGGACAUCAACAAGCGCCUGUCGCUACCAGCUGACAUCCGGCUGCCCGAGGGCUACCUUGAGAAGCUGACCCUCAAUAGCCCCAUCUUUGACAAGCCCCUCAGCCGCCGCCUCCGUCGUGUAAGCCUGUCCGAGAUUGGCUUUGGGAAACUGGAGACCUACAUCAAGUUGGACAAGCUAGGCGAGGGUACCUAUGCCACCGUCUACAAAGGCAAAAGCAAGCUCACAGACAACCUUGUGGCACUCAAGGAGAUCAGACUGGAGCAUGAAGAGGGGGCACCCUGUACCGCCAUCCGAGAAGUUUCCCUGCUCAAGGACCUCAAACACGCUAACAUCGUCACGCUACAUGACAUUAUCCACACGGAGAAGUCUCUCACCCUUGUCUUUGAGUACCUGGACAAGGACCUGAAGCAGUACCUGGAUGACUGUGGGAACAUUAUCAACAUGCACAACGUGAAACUGUUCCUGUUCCAGCUGCUCCGUGGCCUGGCCUACUGCCACCGGCAGAAGGUGCUACACCGAGACCUCAAGCCCCAGAACCUACUCAUCAACGAGAGGGGAGAGCUCAAGCUAGCUGACUUUGGCCUGGCCCGGGCCAAGUCAAUUCCAACGAAGACAUACUCCAAUGAGGUGGUGACACUGUGGUACAGGCCUCCUGACAUCCUACUCGGGUCCACGGAUUACUCUACCCAGAUUGACAUGUGGGGUGUGGGCUGCAUCUUCUAUGAGAUGGCCACAGGCCGACCCCUCUUUCCGGGCUCCACAGUGGAGGAACAGCUGCACUUCAUCUUCCGCAUAUUAGGAACCCCAACUGAGGAAACGUGGCCAGGCAUCCUGUCCAAUGAGGAAUUCAAGACAUACAACUAUCCCAAGUACCGAGCUGAGGCCCUCUUGAGCCACGCACCCCGGCUUGAUAGCGAUGGGGCUGACCUCCUCACCAAGCUGCUGCAGUUUGAGGGUCGAAAUCGGAUCUCCGCAGAGGAUGCCAUGAAACAUCCAUUCUUCCUCAGUCUCGGGGAGCGGAUCCACAAACUUCCUGACAGUGAGUGGCACUAGGGAAUGGACUGGCCUGUACAGGACUGGGGAACAUGACCGCUGGAGAAAACUGAGCGGGUUGGAUGGGGUUCUGACU